AAGAAAUUCCAAAGACAAACUUGUCUUACGCAUCCAAAUUCCUAGAGACGCCUGGCUCGUACAGCUAAUUAUGACUCCGAACUCCACAGUCAAGGCACACGCCGGCGGCGCCACCCACUCUACGCCGGCGCGGCGGUUUUCUCCUACUCCACCUUCGGCCGGAAAACGUAAGGGCUACCACGAUGCCUACCAUGGACACCACAGAACAAAGAAACAGAAGUUCGCAUCUGCAGAUACCGAGACCCGUAUCCGAGUUCAUACCAUAAAACCCAAACUUCGCACACACCUUGAGUCGGAACAUAGGCAUACGAGGUCCUCCGUCGGAGGCCAAGACGGGAGCCGUCCGAAGCGGUGCCGCCGCAGGAAUCGCUGUCGGCGCAAGUGGACUUAUUCUACUCGGGACGUGUCUGAUUACAAGGGCAAGCUAAAGCACUUCUCGGAGCAUAAUGAAGUUGAUCACUAUGAUGAUCUUAAUGAUAUUCUUGGAAAAGACGGCUUCAGAGGUGUGUACAAGGCUCGUGGGGGUGAAGCACUUGAUGGAUGCUCUAUAUUUUGGAAAUCUGAGCUGAUGUGUAUAAUAUACUGCAGAUUCACUCUGUUGCAUGAAGAGAACAUAGAGUUCGAGAGGUUUGGUCUUCGUCAAAACAUUGCACAAUUUUGUGUUUUGAAGAUGAAUAAAGACCUGCCAAGCACAGACGAUAUUGCACAGCCUCCAUGGUACUAUUCGUUGCCUUUUUCUAGUCAAUCUUGUACAUCAAAUUCGAUAUUUCUUUUUAUACACUUUGUUUUUCCUGCUGUAAAAUGUGUUAUUACCUCUCCAAGUUUACUGGUUGGGAACAUACAUGUCCUUUACAACCCCAAGCGUGGAGACAUCAAAUUGGGUCAGAUGAGAAUAUUUCUUGAGAAAGCGUAUGAGUUAUCACAAGAAUAUGGACGAAUACCAGUUAUUCUUACUGGGGACCUGAAUAGCUUGCCACAAAGUGCAAUAUAUCAGUUUAUGGCAUCAUCUGAGUUGGAUUUCCAACAGUUUGAGCGAAAACACAUUUCUGGUCAGAUAUUUCCAUCUCGAUUCCUAAAACCCAAGUCUUGGGUUAAUCAUGUAACAAGUUCCUUGAUGAAUAGAUGGACUGAAGAAGAAAUAAUGCUUGCCACUGGAUCAAGACUUGGUAGUAAUCUACGUCUAACGCAUCAUCUAAACCUCAGCAGUGCCUAUUCUGAAGUCCCUGGAAGCUCGGAGGUUAGGGAUAAAAAUGGAGAACCUCUGGCAACAUCUUAUCAUUCCUUUUUUUGUGGAACAGUUGACUACAUAUGGCAUACUCCAGACCUUUUUCCAGUGAGAGUUCUUGAAACUUUGCCUAUGGCCAGUUUAAAGCAAACAGGAGGUCUUCCAUGCAAGCAAUUGGGUAGUGACCACCUUGCAAUUGCAAGCGAACUUGCUUUUUGUCGAUGAGGGUGGUAAAUUUUUUGUCCUAGCAUUUGAGCUUGAAGAAAGCCGAAUGGUUGUAAAGGAUCUAUUUACGAAUCAAAAAAAUCUUCCGUAUUUUUCCUGUCAAAAUUGAAUUUGGAUUUAACUUGUUGAAUACAAUAGUGUUACUUUUUAUUUUAUUUUUUCCCAUGGACUUUAUGCUUCUUGCCAUUUGGAUUUGUACCCUUCUGUGUGUACGCUUCAUUAUAUGAAAGUUUCUGCAGACGAACUUCCCACCAAGCUCAC